UGAGUUGUCACAGAUUGUGUGACGACCGAAAGUGCGUCACGCGUGACCGACGCGUGACUGCGCGCGUUCCAAUCAGUGCGCCAAACUUCAAAGCUUUCCUCCAUGGCCGUCCCAGCCCGGACAACGACGCCUGGCGUCUACAGGCAAUAUGGCCAACAGCAGGCUGUGCAGCGCGUAGGACCAAAUGUCACAGAUGACUAUGAAAGGUGGUAUACUGAGGCAAACCCUAGCAAUCGUAUGGUCUUGUCGAUACGCUCCGGCAUACACUCCGAGGUUGCAUGGGCACUUGAUAGGCUAUACCGAUUAUGUGCAAACGAUCAAUUCAUCUUGAAAACCAUUCCUGGUUUAACAGAUGCACUAUUUGAAUGGCCGGAAUGGUAUGCGUCAGAAGGAUACCUAAUGGCAGAGAAGUAUCAACUAUUUGCUAUGCCCGACACAGAAGACAGAAAACGACGGCAUGCCCUAGAAUCCAUAUUCAUCCUCCGCAAUUCAGCCACGAAUGAACCUAAUGCAUACGAGUUGGCUAAUCAUCCCCGAACACUUCCCUUGCUCUUCAACGCCCUCAGCAACCUUGCUCCAGACACGGACAUGAACGCUGAAUUUGUUCUUAACGCCAUAGAACUUCUGCAAGCCAUAUCCCAGAGCAUUAUUCUGCCAAAUCCCACUUCAAAAAUGAAAAGCCCCCUUCCCUACUCUGCUGCAAAUUGCAGCCUUUUGGCUCAACUAUUUUCUAAUAUACAAAACACAUUUCGCCUGGACUCAAACUCACCGGCACUCGCAGCCUCCAUACGUUACCUGCCUUUAUUUGUCGACCGAGCGCUAGUGGACGCUUCAUUGAACUACCUGUAUGCCCAUCUUUCACACCCGCCAAUGGUCAAGGCCUUUUUGCACCAUCCUCUCAUGCCAAGCACCCUCCGCGUGCUUGUUAGUUUUAUUCUAUCUGAACAGGUAGAAGAGACGGUGAAACUGGAUAUCAGUGCAGUCACUCGCGCCAUCCCGGCAGCAUCGACAGUGAUACCAGUCCAUGACCUCACUAAAGAAGAGCUUGAGACUCUGAUUCCCAUGCCUGAACCACAACGCUGUUACGAGUGGAUGAAAAUCAUGUUCGUCGCUACACCAGACGGAGAGCUUACUCAAGUCGAUUUUUGGACUCUCUACAAGGAUGUCUUCACACCCUUUGCAGAUCGCCACCCCGUCCUGGUUGCAUCAGACGUGAUCAAAAACGUCAAUGUUGUUUUUCCCCAGGCGCAGGCGAUGGUCCUUCCUGGGCCGCCACAGCGCUUUGUCGUGCGUGGAGUAGACAGGCGAAAAGAUACGGAAGCUGCUCCUCGUUUUAAGUGCUUGUGGGAGCGCUCUACAUGUCCAGCUCCGCCAUUCGAGGCCCCCGGAGAGUUGUACGAUCACCUCCUUCAACAUUUGGAGUCGUCCGAGAACCCGGAGCUGUCGUGUCUGUGGGCGACAUGUCCCUUGCUACCGACAUCAAAACUGCGACUGCGACCUCAUAUCCUCACCCACCUCUCAAGCUCCCAGCCCCCCGCAAAACAUCCCACCCAAGACGAUACCAUUACCGUCACCGCCGACGGGGAAUCUUACCCCUUCACAGACCCCACGAAACGGCGGCCCCCUCCUCCACGGCAUACGAGCAUCUCCUACACCCAGCCCGUCGCCGAUCCUCCCUCGGCGGCACUGACGGCGCUGCUCAUCAUCCGCAUCCUCUUCCGCUCGUCGUUCGUCGCUACCACGGACACCGCCCCCCGUGCGGAUGGCGAGCACUUCGGGUUUCCUGGUGUUGUGGAAGAUGACGAUGGCGACGAUGUGGUAGAGGAUAUCGGGGGCGAACUAGAAGGCGAGCGGAGGGGGCGACGGGCAUUUGUGGGUGUUAGGAGGAUGAUGGAGGACGUGAGGAUGAAAGAUGAGACGCUGAUGGGUUGGAUAGUGGAAAUGGUUUAUGCGGCGUAUGAUGGCCUACUUAGGUCGUAGCGUAUGGAAGUUGUCCGUAACUGUUUUGUGUAAAAUAUCACCCCACAUCCGGAAGUACCACCACUACGGUGUAUCAUAACGCAAGAGACUUCAAGC